AUGAAACCCCUGAUAAACCCACAUCCAACUGCCCAGAACAACAACCAUGCACUGACCCCGUCAUGCAUAGCAAAUUGUCAGUUCGCCGCACUAAUGCAGCGCCUUAUGCACGUCCGCACAGGCUUAUCAAGCUAUCCACGCCCCACUAUCAUCGCACCGUCGAGUCAUAGCUCCGGGAUCGAGCGCACUGACCACCGCGCCUCCGUUCUGGCCGGUGGUCGAACUUAG